UUAAAUGGUAUACAGGAUGCAAUUAAGCGCACGAAGGAAGAACUUGAUCGCAAAACAGAAACAUGUAAGAACCAUGCGGUUAAAUGCAAUAAAGAAUUGGAUGAUUUCGAAAAUAAACUAAAACGGAAACUAGAAUAUUUUAUAAACAGUUUCAGGCAAGAAGCACGUAAAUUUCACGACGAAAACAUGCACGCUUUUUCAAGCAUUUCUGCCAUUUGUGAAAAGAAAAAGUCUUGGGCUAUUCAACAGGAAAGUCAACUCAAAGAGUUUGUGCAAAACUCAUUUACUGGUCGCCUUUACCUGAUGAAACAGAAUUUUGAACAGGAAAUAUCGGAGGUCAAAAAGGAGAUAAGAGAAGCAAAAUGCAAGCAUAACGUUAAACUGUUUUGCUUAAAGGAAAGUAAGGUUGCCUUAAAGUGUUUGAUUGAAGACUUGAGGGAUGUUUGCGAACUUCAGGAGGAAGUUGAUGGAAGCGACGAAGGAACCACAUACGCAAUUGGGGAUACAUCAACAGAUCAGCAAAAAACGCGAAAGGAAUUCGUGGAAACAUUGAUUCAGGCAAAGCAGGACGUAGAUAAAGUAGAAAUGGCAAAGGAUGAACUUUGUGAUGAGCUGAAACAAAUGAAACAGAAACUUGAUACUUCAGAAAAGAUGAGAAUGGAACUGCACGACGAGCUGGAACGAGUCAAACAGGACCUUGAUAAUUCAAGAAAGGAAUGUGCAUUACUCCAGGCAAAGGGUCUACCCAUCAAACAAUGCAUUGAAAGGAAACAGCCAACUGGAUCAGUAGAGGUCACGGUCAGCCAGUACCACCGUUUUUCUAUCGGUUUAUUAUUUACAUUCCAUGAUGGCAUUCAGACGAGAUACCAUCCGUUCCCGGGUCAACCAUAUAAAGGCAGCACGAUCGCAGGACGUUUGAAGAACGACAGUGAGGGUCAGACGGUAUGUAGGAUGCUGAAGACGGCGUUCAGAAAAGGGCGGAUGUUUACUGUUGGGCACGACGGGAAUGUUUGGCUGAGUGGCAUCUCAAUGUUUGAUAGUGACUUUCUGGCGAUAGUACCUAUUUCGCACUACGCUGAAUACAUACAGGGGGUGAAAGCGGAGCUUAAAGCCAAAGGCAUCACGGAGGAUACCAUAGAUCAGACGGAAACUGUUGAGGGGAUUUUCAUUGUUGAUGGUCCGUAACUCAUGCCGCUGACAGAGGUGGACAUAGAUCAAACAAUGAAACUGGAAGGAUCUUUUACUGUCCCUUGUCCGUAAAUUACAGGUUUAAGUUUGCUUGGAGAAACAAUACAAAAACAUUAUUUGAUAUCAAUUAUAUGCUCUGUAUUUUUUUAUCUUGCAAAUGUUUGUUCUAUAAUCGUUGCGGAUUUAUGGUCCAUUGCAUACAUUGUGUUUUAGAGAGGUUGCUUAACCCCCAAUGGUACAGGAACCUUUACAUGUUGGCUAAGUUUUGUAGAUUAUUUUGCUGUCUUGAAUGUCGUACAAAUAAGAGUAGAUUGUAUUAUAUGACGAGGAAAUUGUGCAAGUUUUGAGUUACAUGUAUGAUAGCACUAGGAAAUAUAUGUUUGCGAGGGUCAGUGAGCUAAUCUUUCUUGAUUUUGUAUACAAUAAUGUUAUUAGAACUGAAUUUGGUCCGGGAGGUUGAAUUUGGUAUUUAAUAAAGUAGAGGUCAACUUUGACUAAAGUUUGUGUUAAUUUUUUGUGUGCAAUGUUAUAUGAUGGAUUCCUUCAUCUUCACUCAUACGGCAGUAUAUCUAGUUUAUUUUUCUAUGCCAAUUAUUUAUGCCAUUGAACGAAUAAAUAUAUCCAUUAUUUCCACCGAAAUAGUAUAAAUC